AUGAGACAACCGGACGGAUGCAAGCCUGGUAGCUGCGUCAGACUGACCCGCGUCAAGCAAGGCAGAAUCCGCACAUUCUUGGUAAGGUACCGAGCGAAGCUGACAGAAAUCAGACAACCAACUGAGAGCAAGCCUGAGAAUUCCACCAAGCUAACCCGUGCCAAAACAGGCCGUAUCGCUAGGUCCCAGAGACAGAGCAUUCGCAGCACAGACAAGCACAAUUUCCCGGCUCGCGAGAUCGAUCGCAAUGCGGAGCAGAUGCGUUACAUUCGCUUUCGUGAAUCCACUUUACGGAACUAUGUCUAUGGGGACCCCAACGGUGUGUACGAGCUCCUGAGCACAUGGCAUGAGCAUCAUUUCAAAGUGCAAGAGAUGAUCAGAGAACAAGAAAAGCACAGGCAAGAGCAGCAGCUCAAAGAACAAGAGAGACUCUGGGAAGAAGCAAAGCUCAGGCACGAACAGAGACUCAAGCAAGAAAAGAAGCUCAAAGAAGAGGAGAGUCUCAAGGCUGAGAGACCAGUGACCGCGAAGAGGGAUGCCAGUGUCCAGCCCAGGAAACUCGAAGACUGGGAGACUGAACUCAUAGCACGCUUCAAUCGUAACCUCGACAGCAUUCCAGAGCAACUUGAGGAAAUCUAUCGAUCCUCUAGGUCCGAGGUGCAGAGCGACGAUCUGACUGACAAGCCUUGCACGCCUGCUGUGCCAUGCGAGACUCCGACUGACAGAUCUGCCAGGACUGAUGCGACGGCCGAGGUCUCAGAUAAUACAGAAGCCAGAUGCGAUGUCGUCAAGGAAGAAACUCCAGCUGAGGAAACUGCCGAUUGCGAUAUGACGAAAGAGGUCGCAGCUGACACAACUGCCACAUGCGAUGCCAAACCCGCCAAACUCGAUGCUGCGGAAGAGCCUUUGAUUGCUACCAAUGCCAAAUGCCAUGAAGAGAAAGACACUUUCGCUGACAAAGCAGCCAAACGCGAUGCGGAAGGAAAGACUCUAGAAGAUAAAGCCGCCCAACGCGACGAUGAGCCUGUUUGCACUGCAGCGACCGAAGCCGGAAAUGAUGAAAACCCUGCAUCCCUCACAUACAAAUCUGCAAUCGAAACUCUAGAGCGCGACCAUUCCCUCAUGGAAGAACGGAUCUUACAGCUAGAACGCAAGAAGCGCGAGCUUCUCAAGGAGCAAAAGUGCCUUCUCCAAGGUAACACGCGCUUGUUCGAGACCAUUCGCUCAGAAGCCAAAACGGUCAAGCAAGCGCAAGAAGAAUUGGAGAAGCAAGCAGCUUUGAAGAAACAGGAAGCCGAGGCCAUGGAGAAGAGAGUCAAAGAGUUCGAGAGCAAAGAGGACGAUUUGGUGAACAGGCUAAUCGGACUGGAUAUUAGCGAGCAGUCUAAGGCUCCGAGACGAGAAGCUGUGAAAGGUGAUGAGCCUUCUGCUGCUUCUCCUUCGAUCCCUGAAGUUUGCGAUGUGAAGCCGACUGCUGAGAAGAAAGUGUGGCAACAGCCUACUGCUAAGGAUGAGCCUGAAGAGUAG